CGGCCGCUGGCCCCGCCCCGGCCGCGCCCCUUGCCCAUCCCUUCCGCAUCUCAUCGCCCCUCCUUCGGCCGCUGGACUUGGUCUCGCCCAGCUCCGCCUUUCCUAGGCCCUCCCCCACUUCGCAAGAUGGCUGAGGUGCGGCCGGGCCCAGAGCCGUGGAACCGCGUGAGAAUCCCUAAAGCGGGGAGCCGCAGCGCAGUGACAGUGAAGAACGGCGGCGCGGCCCCAGAUCUUUGCAUUGCAGCUGUAAUUAAAGAAUGCCACCUUCUCACACUGUUGCUGAAGAGCCAAACCUUAGAUGCAGAAGCAGAUGUGUUAUGCGCAGUCCUCUACAGCAAUCACAACAGAAUGGGCCACCAUAAACCCCAUUUGGCCCUCAAACAGGUUGAACAAUGUUUAAAACGUUUGAAAAACAUGAAUUUGGAGGAUUCAAUUCAAGACCUGUCUGAGUUGUUUUCUUCUAAUGAAAAUCAGCCUGUAACUACCAAAGCAUGUGUCAUCCCCAGCCAGCCAGUGGUGGAGUUUGUGUUGAUGAAGAUUUUGGGAGCCUGUAAGUUGUUACUCCGCUUGUUGGACCGCUGCUGCAAGGCCUUUCUCUUGACUGUGAAACAUCUAGGUUUGCAGGAGUUCAUUAUUUUAAACCUUGUGAUGAUUGGGCUGGUGAGCAGGUUAUGGGUUCUCUAUAAAGGUGUUUUAAAAAGGUUGAUUUCUUUAUAUGAGCCAUUGUUUGGAUUGCUUCAAGAGGUCUCUAGGAUUCAACCAAUGCCAUACUUCAAAGAUUUUACCUUUCCUUCUGAUAUUGCUGAAUUUCUAGGACAGCCCUAUUUUGAACUCUUUAAGGAAAAAAUGCCUACAGCUUUGGCAGCUAAAGGAGUGACUAAAUUGUUAAAUAAACUAUUUUUAACAAAUGAGCAAUCACCAAGGUUCAGUGAAGAAACCUUACUUGGAAUUUCCAAAAAAACUAAACAAAUGAAGAUCAACGUACAGAAUAAUGUGGAUCUUGGACAGCCCGUAAAGAAUAAGAAAGUCUUCAAAGAUAGAUCAUCAGAAUUUGAUGUGAGGGCUUUCUGCAAACAGCUGAAACACAAAGUUACUCAGGAUACCAGUUUUGAGUUUAAAUGUUCUCAGUCCAAACUAAAAACAACCAAACAUUCUUCUCAGAAAGUGAUAGGAACUCCUCGUGUCAAAAGUUUUGUGCAAAGAUUCCGAAAGGCUGAGUCUUUUGUACAACUUUCUGAAGAAAUCCAAAUGGCAGUUGUUUGGUGCAGGAGCAAAAAACUGAAGGCUCAGGCCACUUUUCUGGGGAACAAACUCCUUAAAAGUAACCGACUUAAACAUGUGGAAGCUCAAGGUAAUAGUUUGCCAAAGAAACUAGAGUGUAUAAAAACAUCUAUUUGCAAUUGCCUUCUUCGUUGCUCAGCUAUCAAAACUUCAAAGCAUCAUCUGAGACAAAGAAGAUCACAGAAUAAAUUUUUACUGAGACAGAGGAAACCACAGAGAAGGCUGCAGUCGACUCUUUUAAAGGAAAUUCAGCAGUUCCCUCAAGGGACUCAGAAGAGUGCUACAGAUACCCGUGCUAAGUGGAAACUCUCACACAGUACGGGGCAUAGAACUGAUCUCUACCCUAAUAGUAAGCAACUCUUGAGUAGCAGAGUUUCAAGUCCUAUCAUAGAAACUAAGGAGAAACAGACUCAUGAAAAUCUUACGGGACGCAAUGAAGAUGAAGCUGAUUCAUGGACAGUGAUGCAAGUGAACAAACACAACACAUCAGGACCCAUUAAGGAGACAGAUGACAUUGAUGAUAUUUUUGCUUUAAUGGGAGUUUAGAUGUUCAUAAGUGAGACUGAAGUGAUCAAACUAGUUCAGUGUUCUGCUGUUUUAAGUGGAACUGCUGAGAUUUGGAAGUAUCACCUGGACUAAGAGAGGAGCUGCUUUAGAACACCACUGUACACAAGUUCAUUACAGUUCAGUAAAUAUUUAUAGUAGCUUUGUGUCAUUUAAUCGAAUAUUUUUUGGCUCCAACUACAUGCCUGGCAUUAAGAUGGAAAAUGUGCCACAGCCUGCCCUUAAGAAGCAGAUGUAAUUCCUUGACUGAGGUUAGACGGUACCCGAAAAAUUGAAUAAUUUUAUGAUUUACCAGGGAAUGAAGACCUGAAUAAUUAAGUUUGCAAAAACCACUGUGCCUUAAGGUAAAUGGGGUAGUGCGGAAUAGCAAGGAAGCACCUGAAAGGGCACUUUGUCCUUACUGGCUCCCUUGUAGAUGUCCACCUCUGAAUACCAAUGUUUGUAGCUUCUGAUGGCGGUGCUGUCUUAUGUAUUAGAAUUGAUCAUCAAAGAGACUCAAAAGUUUUGCCACUAAUUGUAUUACCAAGGACUGGUGACAACCAUUAUUUCUCUUCAUUUGUUCACUUUAUCUCAUAGGAGGACAUAUUAAAAUGCUUUUGUUCUCCAAAAGGUUUUUAUUUUUUUGCUUAUUUUGUUUCUUGGGGUGCCAGUGAUUGAUUCCAAAUAAACCUUUUUCCAAAAAGG